AUGGAAUAUAGUGAUAAAAAUUAUCAUCAGUUACCAACCACAGCUGUUUUGUCAGAUCAAUCAUUAAAGUCAGGUGGUGGCCAUCCUUAUGAUGAAUCUGACGAUAUCAACAAUAGAGUAGACUAUGAAAAAUCAGAUGAUAUUAUUAUAGAUAGUGAAAAUGGUGCAGAUGAUCGUGGUGGUGGUGGAGCUAUUGUGGCUUUGAAUGAUAAUGAGACAGGUGGUGUUGAUGCUUAUGACGAAAAGGAAAUAGAGAAACAACAAUUAAAGAGUAAUGGUGGUAAUAAUGGAGACAGUGGAAAAAAGAAAAAGACACCGUUUUGGUGUUGGAUUUUGUUGGUGUCGGCACUGCUUGCCAUGUCAUCGAGUGGACCAGCUCUAAAAUUGAUAGAUGCGCCACCACUCCGUAAAGCAAGCUGGCGUUUACAAACGACCUCUUAUAUUUUGUUGAUUGGAUUUCUCUCGGAUCUUCAUACACUCUAUCCACUGCUGAACUUUCAUCUCACUCGGGCAUUUGCCAGUGCCGUUCCGGGUGUGGUUAUCCGACUGCUCCCACUGGCCUGGCAAAUGGUAAUCAACGAUCUCAUCGCUUCGAAACUGCCGAGUAUCGACGAGCGACGUUCUCUCCAAUCAGAGAUACGCGCAAAGUUCCUCUCUUGGCGAACCUGGCUCAUUCUGGUUGGCACAGGCAUUGCACUGGGUCUACACUUUGGAUUCUGGAUUACCAGUCUCAACGAAACCAGUCUUUCUCACUCACUGCUCUUUGUAACAUCGAACCCCAUCCUCAUUGUCAUCACGAUGUUGGUGAUGCGUAAACCAAUCUCCAAAGGUGAAAUCAUUGGUUGUAUCAUUGGUUUCCUUGGAUUGGUAUUGACAAUGUUUGAUUCACUUUUUCUUUCAUCUGGAGAAGAUAAUGGACAAUCUCCAACGGUAUAUGGAGAUGUAUUAGCAUUGCUUGGAGCAGUAACAGUUACAUUCUAUCUUUUUGCAGGAUCUAAUCUUAGAUCUUGGCUAUCCCUUUAUCUCUAUGCGUUUCCAGUUACUGCUGUUGCAUCGAUAUUCUUAACAAUCGGAUCGUUUAUAUUGGAAACAAUGCCACCUCCAACAGAACAACAAUCAUAUGGAAUAUGGGGUUGGAUGUCACCUGCCUUUAUAUUACCAACUUUAUAUGUUGCAUUAUCACCUGGAUUUGUUGGUCAUACCGGUAUGAAUGCAAUUAUAAAAUAUAUAGAACCUGUAGUUAUUUCAGUAACAUUAUUACUUGAACCGCCAAUCGGUACUUUGAUGGGAUAUGUACUUGGAGUUGGUGAUGUUCCCGGUGUAUUUACAUAUAUUGGUGGUCCAAUUGUGGUUGCCGGAUGCGGUUUGGUAACUAUAUCUUCGUACAGACGAACUAAGCAACAGCUACUGCAGCAACAACAAGCCGAAGAACAACAACUACAACAACCAAUGUCAAAUUCCAUUGAUAUCAAUGAUAUUCCACUCAACGAUGACAACGACGACGAUAACGAAAUCAAUGAUGAAUAUGGUCAUAGUAAUGAUGAUAAUCAAGAAUUGGAUCUAAUUCCAAUGGAUACAAUAAAAGCUAAUCAUUAG